AUGUACAAGUCUGGGGAAGAUGCCAGAGCUAAGGAUGAUGCUAAAGAGUAUAAGACAACUCCAGCUGUAGUCUUAUGGCAAUGGAUCAAUCAGUCCUUCAAUGCAAUAGUCAACUACACCAAUAGGAGUGGAGAUGCUCCUCUCUCAGUCAAUCAGCUUGGCACAGCCUAUGUAUCUGCUACCACAGGGGCAGUAGCCACGGCUCUAGGACUAAAUGCACUAACAAAGCACAUAUCUCCCCUCGUAGGGAGGUUAGUUCCCUUCGCCGCUGUUGCUGCUGCGAACUGCAUCAACAUCCCUCUCAUGAGCAAACGGGAACUGAAACACGGCAUUCCGAUAACCGACGAGAACGACAACCGGUUAGGAGAGUCAACGACCGCCGCUAAGCAGGCUAUCUCUCAGGUGGUGGUGUCUCGAAUCCUCAUGGCCUCUCCUGGAAUGGCUAUCCCUCCAUUUUUAAUGAACACCUUGGAAAAAGAAAGCCUUCCUGAAGAAGUUCCCGUGGAUGAGUGCACCUAUUCAAGUGGUCUUGGUGGGAUUCUG